GCCGCGGCUCUCCUCGCCGCUUCGUCUCGGCGCGAAGGCCGCACCGGCCUCACCCCUCGCCGGGCGCGCCGUCUCUCCGACGAGCUCGCAUGGCGGGCCUCUCCGACGACUUCGCCGGAUCCUACUCCAGACGGGCCCAGAUGGCUCUGUCGUCAGCUGCAGACAGCGUCCGCAGGAUGUUCAGUGACCUCGGGAAAAGCAGGAGGGAGUAUGAAGAAUCACUGAAGAACAUGUCUGAGGAGGAGGUGAAGGAGGAAACGAGCAAGAGUUUGGAUGAGUACAGGUCUCUGUGUUUAGCUGGAGUCACCAGUAUGCUCUGGGAGGAUACAUACUCCCUGACCAAGAAGCUGCAUGGAGUUUACCCUGUAGUUGCUGCUAUGUCUUCCAUAUUCUUCCUCCUUGCUCUACUCUUCAUACUGCUUGGACUUGCCGCUUCAACAUUUUCAAGAUCAGCACCCAAUGCAAUGGCUCUUGCCGGAAAUGGUGGCCUUUGGUCAGUAUUGUUCAUCAUCGCUGCUGCUCACUUUGAGAUGAUGGACAUCCUGCCUAUGGUUCUCCUAUGUUUUUGUUGUGUGAUCUCCAUAUCAAUCUUCACUACAUACUGGUAUCUUUGUUCACGAGACCUGAAGAUUCUUCUGAUGAUUGCGAAGUGCCUAUUCAAUAUCCUCUAUACGGUAUGGUGGUGCUUCAAGGCCAUUUGCAGAUACGUUGGUGUGAAGGUUGUGAACUUCUUUCAUGGGAGAGCUUCAAGGCAGCAAAACCAUGCCGGAGAUAUUGAACUCUGCGAGAUGCGUCGUUCUGAAAAUGGCAAUGCAGAUGAGAUUGUGCGGCAGCAACACAAUAGGCAUUUUCUGUGACAUUGUCGGCACUUCACUGGAUGUACGAAAACAACGAGGAAACCCUUCGGCCAGAGAAGUAUGAAGCUGACAGCAGAGCUCAGAUGGUAGGAUGUGACGGUGACAGCCCAGCAAGUUGUAGGAAGCAGAGAUGUAGGGAUAGGUGCAAGUUCAGUUGAGUUUUGAUUCAUGUUUGCUGGUGACAUUUGCAAUGUGAUGAUCGUUUGAAGCUGGAACUGUAAGGCUUCGUGAUUAAAGGUGGUUUGCAGACAUUGCUCUUGUGUGGCUUGUGGAUGUUAGUUAAUUGUUGCACGAUGAUCUGACAUGCUCUAGUACCGAUAGUGAGGGCUCACUGGUGAAAUCAUUUCUUCGAAUUCA